AUGCCUGGCACGCGUCCCUCUCAGGGACUGAGAGCCUGGCCCUGGGCCUUUGCCUCCCUCCCACCUUCGCUCCGGCCGUUGGGCGCCGUUCCCCGCGGGUGCCGGGGCUGCCCGCCCGCUCGUGGCCUUUUUACCCGUCCUCUCGUGAUUUCCCAGGAGCUGUGUCCUCUGUGUGCACUUGCAGGUGUCGGGAAGUCUUCGCUUGUUCACCUCUUGUGCCAAAACCAGGUGCUUGGAAACCCGUCCUGGACAGUGGGCUGCUCGGUGGAUGUUCGAAUCCAUGACUACAAAGAAGGGACUCCAGAAGAGAAGACCUACUACAUUGAGCUGUGGGAUGUUGGAGGUUCAGUGGGUAGUGCCACUAGUGUGAAAAGCACACGAGCCGUAUUUUAUAACUUGCUGAAUGGGAUAAUUUUAGUGCAUGACUUAACCAACAAGAAAUCAUCACAGAAUUUGUAUCGCUGGUCUUUGGAAGCACUCAACAGAGAUGUCGCUCCAACGGGAGUUCUUGUGACAAAUGGUGACUAUGACCGUGAACAGUUUGCUGAUAACCAGAUUCCACUGCUGGUAAUAGGAACUAAGCUGGAUCAGAUCCCGGAAACUAAGCGGAAUGAAGUUUUGACCAGAACCGCUUUCUUGGCUGAGGAUUUCAAUGCUGAAGAGAUAAAUUUGGAUUGCACCAAUCCUCGUUAUCUGGCUGCAGGUUCAUCCAAUGCUGUCAAACUAAGCAGGUUUUUUGAUAAGGUCAUAGAGAAGAGAUACUUCUUAAGAGAUGGCAAUCAGAUUUCUGGCUUCUCUGAAAGGAAAAGGUUUGGAGGAGGAACGCUGAAGAGCCUUCAUUAUGAUUGAACAGAAAGAAGUGGAAGAUGACUUCUCCAAGAUCCUAACGACAUUCCCAUUCCGUCUGGAUACUUAAAGACAAUAAUGCUUAUUUAAAGCAGAGUAAAAUGGUAUGACAGCUGGGUAAACUGCUGAAGCUGCUUUUGCUGGAAAAGACUUGCGGAAGAAUUUCCAAAACUCUAGUCUGAAGCCUAGAGUUCUUCUUAGGAUUGCAGGCCAUCUGGAUAUAUGGGAACAUUUGAGGAAAGUGUGCAAUAAAUUGAAUGUGUCUCACACUGCCGUGGGAAACUUUAUCAUACAGAGCAUGUAUACGUGACAUCUUUGUCUCUAUUUUGGAAAACUUAUGGACAGUCUUUGCAAUGAAUUACAUUCAUCUUGCCUCUAAAGGAAAGAAUGGGCUUCUCAUUUAUAGUGAAGUGAGCAAGAUGUUAGGAUGGGUAAGGAAUGGUCGGGUAAAUAAUAGAAUGCCUUCAGUAAAUGAAUGGUGGUGUCUCACCUGGAACGCACCCUUCAGCCCUGUUUAGAAGGGAUAAAAGUAAGAGGCAAGAGAUGAAAAAAAGAUUUGAAGCCUUAAAUUCAUGAGUAGAAAACAAAUGGUAUUAAUUCUACUGCUUAAAUUAAAAUUGUUUACUUUGGAGAGAACAAAGUGAAGCAGGUACUCCUGUUUGUCUUUUCAUAAUUGAGUGUGGUCUUGUUCUUUGUAUUAAAUUAAAAGGCAGUGCACUGGAAGUUGAUGGAAUAAGUAUGUAUUUAUACAGUGCUUAUUUGGAACAAGUGUGACAUGGUCUUACUGAGCCUGAGGGCUUAGUGGAUUUGGAAAAUGUGAAAUGUAAGAACAUCCUCUGCAUUAGAACAGAUAGAAAUUUAAAAGGGAUAUAAAGCCCUGUAAAAAGUAGGAACUGAAUAUGAUUAUAGGGGAAGUUCUGUAAUAGGGAUGUUUCCUUUUCAUAUUUAAUACUAAGGAUAAAGGAGGCUUGAACUGGUCUGAUCUACUGUGCAAGCUGCUGUCUUCCUAAAUAGCCCAAGCUUUGCAGUUUCUCACCUCCCCAGAAUUAAAUGGAGUGGUAGAAGCCUGAUUUGUGGCAGUUUCUUCUUUCCCCUCCUUCCUCACAGUCAUCUCUAAUGAUUAAGCCUCUGGCAAAGGCUAACUAAGAGCUGGAGUUAGAUAUAAAUACAGAUUAAUAAUAAAUGGGGAUACAAGAAAGUAAAAUGCUGAUGUGAAACUGACAGCAGGCAGAGUUCUGCAGUCUCCAGAUUACAUCUGCCUGCAGCUCUUCUCUAGCAGCUGCUUGGAAAUAAAUGGAAAAAUGCCUUAUUGCCACUAAUCAGGCACAAAAAUGACAGCUAGGUGCACCAGUCAAACUUAUUAAAAAUAUGUAUGCUUUGCUUUUCCUUACACCAUUUCCAGAAAGGUCUUGGAGCAUUUGCAAACAUAAGCACAGUAAGUUUUUAGACGCCUGUAUGAAAUAGGUUAUUAGUUUACAUUCAGUUUAUGACCAGGGAAAAUAAGGUCCUGAAAUAUUCACAGCUCAGAAGCCGUGUCUGAGCUAUGGAGUUCAGGAUAGCACCAGUGUGUCUCUCUGCUCCUUUAACAGUGAAAGCUGAAAUUAUUUUCUCAAGGGCAGGUGCUGUCUUGGGGUAACCAGAUCUGGGCUCCCUCAGGUUACUGAGGAACUUCAGAGCAGAACAAGCAAGCUAAGGCUAUUUGUUCUUCACUCUAUGGUUUCUUUAGGAGAACUGGAAGUGUUGUAGAUUAAAGGAGGCCGUUUAUUUAAGAUGCUGCGUGAAGCAACAGUUGCACAGGUCUUUGAUUUGGAGGAUGAAACUUUCCAAAGUAACCCCUUUUCAAUUAAUCAAAAAAGGAACAUUGCUCAGCAUGCUGCGGGGGGCCUAAGCCUAGUUGCAGCUUACCUGUAUUUGUGCAUUUCACUCCUCAGGCUCUACAAAAAAGAAACAGUCUUUGUAUGAGGGAUCUUUGUGCUCCAGAAGGAGGAGGGAAUGUGUAAGUCCUGUCCAUCGGUGGGACUGAAGGUUAAGACAAGCAGGAUUCAGAAGCAAAUCGGAAAGUGGUACUGUUGUGGUAAGAGAGAGAAGAUAAAGGGAAUAGUGCUGAGGAUAAAUAGAGCAUGUAGGCAAGUGGUAGAAGGUUAGUGGAUUAAGAGGGAAGUGUGGUUGAGGCUAUGGCUCCUGCUCUAGAACUCAGCUAAGUCUGCUUGGGCUUGCUCAUCCAUCUGUGAGCUGUAAAACUCCCGAGGUAUCUCUUAUCUGCUCUUGAACUGACCCGUGUGAUCUGACAAAGUGGCUUCAUGGUCAGUCUCACUGUCCUACCCGCAAAACGGAGGCGGCCUCCCUGGAGGCACGAUUCUGAUGUAUCUGUUUAUUAAACUCUAGUGUUUUCGUUACAUUGGGAAUUAAAAAGUUCACUCUU